AUGGGACCUUCUUACCCUUUUGUCGCCGCAAAAGUCUUAGGUCCCAACUCUUCUCUCAUAAACAAACCUCUUUUGGAAAAAAGAAGAAGAACAAUGUACUCUUCCUUGUCUGUACCAAAACGUCUCGCUUUGGUCCCUACCUUCGUCGUGGUGGCCAUACAAUUUCUCCUUUUACGCAGCAUUUCGUCCUUGAACAUAACUAAUGCGUAUCUUCACCACACAUGCUUUGUCAGUCAAGGGAAAUACAAUCCCGGAAGUGCGUACGAGAAAGACCUCAAUGAUAUCAUCAAAUCCAUCCCUUUGACCAGUAAUUUUAGCCGUGGUUUCAAAAUGAUGUCCCUUGGUAAAGGUCCUAAUUUCGUCUCCGUCACUCAUCAGUGCCGCGGCGACUCCUAUGGGCCCAAAUGCCGCUCUUGCUUUACCAACACCGCCUCUGAGCUUCGUAGGAGAUGUCCAAAAAAACAAAGGGGGAAUAAUAUGGUACGACCAAUGUCUUCUCGAGAUUUCUGCAUCAAUACGUUCGAGAAGAUCGAUUACAAGAACAAUUUUUGUAUGUCCAAUGCGAAAACAUUUAGUGUCGACAAUUAUUCUAACAUGAACUGGCUGAUUUUCAUCAACAAUCUGACAACUAAAGCCAUCAGUGAAAAAAACCCGUCGCCGCUGUACGCUGCGGGGGAGAGGAGGUUGGGGAAGGACAAACUGUACAGAAUGGUGCAAUGUAUGCAAGACAUCUCGUCAACGGAUUGUGAGGAGUGUCUCGGAAGUAAUCUCUUGAAAUUUCAAAAAUGCUUGUACUAUAAACGAGGAGCGAGAGCUGUAGGUAGAAGUUGUACCUUUAGGUAUGAGUUUUACCCUUUCAUUGAUACCAAGGCCGACCUCAAUGAUAUCAUCAAAUCCAUCCCUUUGACCAGUAAUUUUAGCCGUGGUUUCGAAAUGAUGUCCCUUGGUAAAGGUCCUAAUUUCGUCUCCGUCACUCAUCAGUGCCGCGGUGACUCCUAUGGGCCCAAAUGCCGCUCUUGCUUUACCAACACCGCCUCUGAGCUUCGUAGGAGAUGUCCAAAAAAAACAAAGGGGGAAUAAUAUGGUACGACCAAUGUCUUCUCGAGAUUUCUGCCAUCAAUACGUUCGAGAAGAUCGAUUACAAGAACAAUUUUUGUAUGUCCAAUGCGAAAACAUUUAGUGUCGACAAUUAUUCUAACAUGAACUGGCUGAUUUUCAUCAACAAUCUGACAACUAAAGCCAUCAGUGAAAAAAACCCGUCGCCGCUGUACGCUGCGGGGGAGAGGAGGUUGGGGAAGGACAAACUGUACGGAAUGGUGCAAUGUAUGCAAGACAUCUCGUCAACGGAUUGUGAGGAGUGUCUCGGAAGUAAUCUCUUGAAAUUUCAAAAAUGCUUGUACUAUAAACGAGGAGCGAGAGCUGUAGGUAGAAGCUGUACCUUUAGGUAUGAGUUUUACCCUUUCAUUGAUACCAAGGCCGGUUCUAAAAAUUUCAAGACCUAAAGAAAUUUGAUUAAAGUGUUGUGGCUUUUAGUUUUUUUUUUCUGUAAACUUUAAAUUUCAUUUUAUAUUAUAUGAAUUUUAUUUAGACAGAAUGUAUGAUGUAAUUUAUCUAAAUCUGUAUUCCGAAAAAGAUUUUUUUGUUUGGAAUUUUUCUUGUAAAUUUGUUCUUUUUGGAAAUUUCUAAAAUGAUUUCAUGAAUGAAAAU